CGAACUACAGCAGCUAUUAGCUGGCUAGCAAGUUAACAGCACUAAAUGGCAAGUCGUUUGCUACAUAGUAUACAUUUGCUACAAAAUUGUUUUCGAUAAUGAUACAGAUGUAGUUAUCUAGCUGGUAACAGCUAAGUUACAUAUGUUGCACAUCAAAGUUUCCGUUAGCAUGUUUAGCUAGCUAAUGGUAUCGCUAGCCAGAUGCAGUAGCUAGCAGCUAAGUUAAGUCUAACCGCCAGUUAAGAGCCGGUUUUUAUGUUCAUGUCAAUAAGGGAAAUUUGUAGUGUUAUGAUACUGUGAAACGGUUUCACAUCAUGUCUGUAGUGGCCACGACGAGACCUCUCGUUGCGAUCUCGUUGUUACUGAUUUCUGUUUGCUGGGUGGAUAGUGCCGUAAAACCAUUACAAGAUGCUGAAACACGGGAAGAUGCCGAACUCGACACGAUCCGCUCCAUGCUGUCGGACUUCGAGGUGCUGCCCGUGUCCAGCCUGCUUCAGCACUCGCUCAGAAAGAGGGACGUCCAGGCGCAAACCCACGCCGAGAGGCUGCUCAGCUUCACUGCACUCAACAGGCAUUUUAAGCUUUACUUGACGACCAACACAGAGCUGUUCACCAAAGACUUCAGUGCAGUGUUUGUAGACAGAGACGGAAAGGAGGAGAGUUACGAGGUGGAUACGCAGAAUUUCUUCACCGGACAUGUCGUAGGAGAGGAACACUCACGUUUGCAGGCCCACAUCGAUGGUGAUGACUUCUCCGCCCAUAUCCUGACCAAGGAGGCCGAGUACAACAUAGAGCCCCUGUGGAGGUUCACAGAGGCGCCCUCUAGUGGCCAGCUCCUGGUAUACCGCUCAGAGGACAUCAGAAACAUCACACGACUGGCAUCGCCCAAAGUGUGUGGCUACAUGGAUGCUGAUGCCAAGGAGCUCCUCCCAGAGGGGCUGCAAGAGUCUGGAGAGGAGGAACGAGAGCAGGAGUUCUCCCACAGAGCCAAGCGUCAGGCACAUGACCACAGGAAGAACACCUGCCCUCUGCUGCUGGUGGCCGACUACCGUUUCUUCCGCCACAUGGGCCGCGGCGAGGAGAGCACCACUCUCAGCUACCUGAUCGAACUGAUUGACCGAGUGGAUGACAUCUACAGGGACACAUCAUGGGACGAUGAGUAUAAGGGCUAUGGAGUACAGAUCCAGCAGAUCAUCAUCAACAAGGAGCCCACUGCCGUGCCAGAGGGCGGAGCUCACUUCAACAUGCAGGGGAGUCCCGUCAGUGGCAAGGACGUCUGGGACGUCAAGAAGCUCCUGGAGCAAUUCAGCUCCGACAUCGCCGAGAACGCCUCCACCGUGUGUCUGGCCCAUCUGUUCACCUAUCAGGACUUUGACGAGGGGACGCUCGGCCUGGCGUAUGUGGCCCCUUCCAAAGCCCAGGCCCUUGGGGGUCUCUGUCCUAAAGUGUACUAUCCCCCAGGGUCUGACAGGAAGCCCAGUUAUCUGAACACCGGAUUGACCAGUACAAGGAACUAUGGGAAAACUAUUCUAACCAAGGAAGCCGAUCUAGUGACGACUCACGAGUUAGGUCACAACUUUGGAGCAGAACAUGACCCAGACAACGUUCCCCUCUGCGCCCCCAGUGAUGACCAAGGGGGGAAAUAUGUCAUGUACCCCAUCGCAGUGAGCGGGGACCACGUCAACAACAAGCGGUUCUCCGACUGCAGUAAGAUGUCCAUCGGGAAGACGCUGAGGCACAAGGCGCCACUGUGCUUCCAGGAGAGGAACAGCCGGGUGUGCGGGAACUCGCGGGUGGAGGAGGGCGAGGAGUGUGACCCGGGGCUGCUGCACCUCAAUGACGACCGCUGCUGCACCUCCACCUGCAAGCUGCGGCCCCACGUGCAGUGCAGUGACCGGAACAGCCCUUGCUGUAAGAACUGCAUGUUCGAGGAGGCAGGGAAGACGUGCCAGGAGCCCAUUAGCGCCACCUGCAAGGGGACGUCCAACUGCACAGGUACUAGCAGUGAGUGCCCGCCUCCAGUCAACGCCCCCGACGACACAAUCUGCGUGGACAUGGGCCGCUGCCGUGGCGGCAAGUGCGUCCCCUUCUGUGAGGCUGUCGAGAACCUCAAGUCCUGCGCUUGCAAUGAAACGGACGACUCGUGUAAGGUGUGCUGCAGAAAUGCAGCCGGGAUCUGUGCCCCCUUCAGAAUGGCCAGCGGUGACUUCCUGUUCCUGCGCAAAGGCAAACCCUGCACCGUGGGCUUCUGCGAUGAGGGCGGGAAGUGCAUGAAGCAAGUCCAGGAUGCUGUCGAAAGGCUGUGGGAUUUCAUUGACAAGCUGGAUAUUAACACUUUUGGAAAGUUCCUGGCAGAUAAUAUUGUGGGCUCUGUGGUGGUCUUCUCCCUCAUCUUCUGGAUCCCACUCAGUAUCCUGGUCCACUAUGUGGAUAAGAGUCUGGACCAGCAGUACGAGCAGAACACCAAGUCUCUGUUUUACCCUAGUCAGAUGAUGGAGGAGUGUAAUAGAGCUCCAUCUACAGAACGCAGAGAUGCUGAGCAGCCUGGAGUUGCCGCCCGUUCGCAUCAUCAAACCCCCCCCGCCCGCCCUCACCGCCGCCGCCCACUUUCAGCCCUGUUACCCAGCAGCGAGCAGCAGCAGCAGCCCGAACCCCGGCCCAGCACCGCUCCCCGCGGGCCCAAACCUGGCCACCAUCCGGGAAGACCCCAGCAUCGACUCGCACCUGGGCGAGGACGCGCUGGAGGACGCCUUCCCUCGCAGCGUCACCGCCACAAAGUCCUACGAGGACCUGACGCAGCGGCCGGCCCCCCGCAGCGGCAGGACAACGGCACUGCGGCUGCACAGGCAGGCCUGCAUCGACAGCAAGGAGACCGAGUGCUGAGCCAGGACUGACCCUGCGUGCGUGCGCUCACACUCACAGAGCUCUCAAUACACUCACACUCACAGACAAGCACUCAAUGCAC